UACCGAGUGGGGCAGGAGCUGGGAAGCGGUGGGUUCGGGACGGUGUACGCUGCCACCAGGAUCUCGGAUGGAGCUCCGAGCGAGCGCCGGGUACCGCUGGAGAUUGCGUUGAUGAGGAAGCUGUCCCACCCGGGCCACCCAGGCGUUGUCCAGUUACUGGAUUGGUUUGAGCAGGCUGGAGGCUUCCUUCUGGUGACGGAGCGUCCUGACGAAGGGAAGGACCUCUUCGAUCUCAUCACCGAGGAGGGGCGUCUGGGCGAGGACCGGGCGCGGUCCUACCUCAGGCAGGUCGCCAGCGCCCUGGGCUACUGCCACGCCCGCGGAGUGACCCACCGCGACGUCAAAGAUGAGAAUGUCGUUGUCGAUGUCCGCUCCGGGCAGCUCAAGCUCAUCGACUUCGGGUCAGGGGCUUUCCUCCACCACGGCAUCUACACUGACUUCGACGGAACGAGAGUCUACAGCCCUCCCGAAUACAUCCAGCACCAGCGCUACCAUGCCCUCCCUGCGACCGUCUGGUCCCUUGGGAUCUUGCUGUUCGACAUGAUCUGUGGGGACAUCCCCUUCCAACGGGACGAGGAAAUUCUGGCAGGCAAGGUCCAACUGCCACCCUCCGUCUCGGAAGAAUGUGAGGAUUUGAUCCGAUGGUGCCUUUUGCUGGAUCCCCUGGAGCGGCCGAAGCUGGAGCAGAUUUUGGAUCACCCGUGGGUCCAGCCGGACACUGAGAGACACAGGGACCCGGGUGUCCAGCUCCAGGGGGGUGGGACUGCCACAGACUCCCAUCAGCAAGGACGGUGAACACCCCCUGGGGUCACCAGUGGACACCCUCCGGCCGGCUGGCGCCUCCUUGGGGAAGCUGGCAGAACGUCAAUGGGCCCCCCCUCGGUGGGAUCAUUCCCGGAGACCGAGAGAGACUGUCGGAGCUGAAGAGGGAUUCUCACCAGCAGACCCUCCCAGAGCACCCACUCCCUCAGCACUGACCCUCCCAGAGCACCCACUCCCUCAGCACUGACCCUCCCAGAGCACCCGCUCCCUCAGCACUGACCCUCCCUCAGCACCCACUCCCUCAGCACUGACCCUCCCACAGCGCCCGCUCCCUCAGCGCUGACCCUCCCACAGCGCCCACUCCCUCAGCACUGACCCUCCCACAGCGCCCGCUCCCUCAGCGC